AAACUAUCCAAGAGUCAAGAGAGAGAGAGAGACAAACGUAAAUUCUCUGUAACUCUCAUCAUGUCGGCAUAAAAGAAAUCUAGCGUGAGUAAAAAGAGACAUCUGUAGUUUCUCUCACUGUCUCUCUCCGUUGUCACCCCAAGUAUUCAUCCUUCAAGUGAAGAACACAAUCUGUGGGGAGAAGGAUACGGUUAUUUUAUGAGGUAAUUAGGGUUUGUGAAUUAUGAAUAUUGUUAUUCAAGAUUAGGUAUUCUAGGAGGAGCUAGGUGAAAGGUUAAAAAUGGCUGGGAUAGGAUCAUCAAGAAAAAACGAAGAAGAAAAUCAACAAAAGACAAAUUGGGUUUGGUACAGAAACACAAGUCACCCAAACACGAGCCACAACAAUCAGCAGCAGCAGAUAUGGCAACAACAGCAAAGCCUUGACCUAUAUCCAGGUCAGAUUGACGUCUGUGAUCUGAACACGUCAUCAAGAUCCGUAACCAUAAGCUGUCAAGACUGUGGAAACCAAGCCAAGAAAGGGUGCACGCACAUGCGGUGCAGAACUUGCUGUAAGAGCCAAGGGCUCGACUGUCCUACUCACGUGAGGAGCACGUGGAUCCCAACCGCCAAACGCCGUGAGCGGCAGCAGCAGAUACAGACGCCAACCUCCAGUGGAAAUGGCGGUGGCCGAGGCGGUGGGAAUAUCUUGAAAGGGUAUAGAGAAGGGAUUGAUCUACCGGCUACCUUAGAUUCAUCAGGGUUAGAGAUGGGAGAGACAACAUUUCCAGAAGAAGUGAACUCAGAUGCACUUUUCCGGUGCGUUAAAAUGAGCGGUGCCGAUGACGACGGAGAUGGCCAAUAUGCUUACCAGACGACGGUGGGCAUAGCUGGUCACGUCUUUAAGGGAAUUUUAUAUAACCAAGGCCCGGAAAACAUGUCCAUGCCUGGGACUCAAUUUUAUGAGAAUCCGCCAAGAUCUUAAUUAUCUCAUAAUUUUAAUAUAUUUAUUGUUUAAUGGGCUUGUAUUGAUUAAAGAUUAUCCAAUAAUCA